AUGGGAAUAUGCGCGGGCAAGUCGUCGAUAGCUUCCUAUCUCGUUGAGGAGCACCACUUCACCCGCCUGCGCCUGGUGCGAACGGCUGCCACGCCUCCAGAGGAGAAGUCGGCCUCGAAUACUCGCGUCCCCUCCCCAGCAAAGUCGCCCGCUGCGUCAGGGCGCACAUUCCCAGACGUCGAUGCGCUGCUCGAGUUCGUCACGCUGAGAUGGAGAGAGCGAUUCGUCCUGACGGAUAUAUGGGACGAAACCGUGGUUGAUGCCCUUAUGAGGCGCCCCUUCUUCCUCCUCGUCAGCGUAGAUGCGCCCGUCAGUGUGCGAUGGCAGCGAUUCAAGGCCCGCUGUGCUGCCACUCAGCACACACCGCCAACCCUCGAGGACUUCGUUCUACGCAACGACCAGCACUUGUUCGCUCCCAAGACUGGUCUCAGCGCGCUGUGCCAGCGAGCACAGUUGAAGCUACUCAACUCCUCAUCCGACAUAGGCGUCCUACGCAACGCUAUCCUGCACCUGGACCUCAUGGACGAAGCACGUGUGCGGCCGAGCUGGGACCAAUACUUCAUGCAGCUGGCCGAUCUGGCAGCACGUAGGAGCAACUGCAUGAAGCGACGGGUGGGAUGUUGUAUAGUCAGGGAAAAACGUGUCAUUAGCACCGGGUACAACGGUACACCACGCGGCAUGACCAACUGCAACGAGGGCGGAUGUCCCCGCUGCAACAAUGCCGCCCAAGGAGGUGUCGGUCUCUCCACCUGUCUCUGCCUGCACGCCGAAGAAAAUGCUCUGCUCGAAGCUGGCCGUGAUCGCAUCGGCGAGAACGCCAUCUUAUACUGCAACACCUGCCCUUGCCUGACCUGCAGUGUCAAGAUAACACAAGUCGGUAUUAGCGAGGUAGUCUACAACCAAGGCUAUCUUGUAGACGACCAGACAGCUAGGAUAUUUGCUGAAAGCGGUGUCAAGUUGCGUCAGUUCUCCCCGCCUGCGGACGGCCUUGUAGAUCUGAGCAUCCAUAUGGGCGGAGAGAAGCAAAAAGAAGACAAGGUCGAGGAUGCCAGGGAGUUACUCGAUGACAUGAACUUCCUGAGGCCCUUGAGCUAG